GACACACUACUAGAGACCUAUAGGUAGGAUGUGUCAUAGGAUGAGCUGGGCUGCUCAAAACGAAAGGAAACUGUAGCGCUCUGCCAUCGGGCUUCAUUAUUUUCCAGUCGGCUGGUUGCGCCUGGAGUGUCUGAAAAUGGACUCAUCAAAAGUGGUAGCUGCCUCUGAGAAGGAACAGAAGCCAGCAGGGGAGGAGCGCGAAGAGACGUCCAGCACCUCUUCUGGAAUGUUGACCCCGUCUGGAGAGAAGCGUCGUGGUCUGGAGACUGUGAUCUCUAGGCUGGAGAUGCUGAAUGUGGGAAAGGUAGGUAACUUGAAAACAUUGGAUAUUCCAGCUCUGCUGCUGACCACUCUGGAGGAGAUGAACUCAGGUGAGUUAAGGAGAUUCCAGUCUUACCCGACUAGUGGCAGGAUAUGUGGCUUUCCUCCCAUCCCAGAGAGCCAGCUGAAGAACACUGACAGACAGAACACAGUGAAUCAGAUGGUGAAGAGAUACGGCCCUGAGGGAGCUGUGGGGAUCACACUGAGGAUCCUGAGGGAGAUGGAUCUGGAUGAUCUGGCAGAGAAUUUAAAGAGAGAUCACACCAGAGGUAUUCCCACUGUCUGGUACAAGUCCUCAGUCCAACCCAGGCCCUUCGACAGCUCAAUACCCCCCCGUUUCUCCAGCUCCUCCUCCUUCCUUCUCUCUGGCUCGUCUAAGGAGUUGUCAUUAACUACUGGUAGCUCAGGACAGCUCAGCUCACAGAGAUCCUCCAUGUUGGAUGUUCCAGCUCUGCUGCUGACCACUCUGAAGGAGCUCACUGAAGAACAGCUGAAGAUAUUUCAGUUUUACUUGUGUGCUGCACAAGUGUCAUUCACUAGUGGCAGGAUGUUAGGCUCUCCUCCCAUCCCAGAGAGUCAGCUGGAGAACACUGACAGACAGGUCACAGUGGAUCAGAUGGUGAAGAGAUACGACCCUGAGGAAGCUGUGGAGAUCACAAUCUGGAUCCUGAGGGAGAUGGAUCUGGAUGAUCUGGCAGAGAAGUUAGAGAGAUAUCACACCAGAGCUUGGCUGCUGAACUCUCUGGAGGAGCUGAACAUAAACGAGCUGAAGACAUUUCAAAACUACCUGACUAGUGGCAGGCUGCUUGGCUUUCCUCCCAUGCCAAAGAGCCAGCUGGAGAACACUGACAGACAGGUCAUAGUGGAUCUGAUGAUGAAUAUAUACGGCCCUGAGAGAGCUGUGGAGAUCACACUGAGGAUCCUGAGGGAUAUGAAUGACCAUGAUCUCACUGAGAAGUUACAGAGUGAUCACACAGAACCCUCCGGCCCUGAGGAAGCUGUGGAGAUCACACCGGAGAUCCUGAAGAAGAUGAACUGGGAUGAUCUGUCAAAGAAGAUAGAGAGAGAGAGGUUUCCUGAGGACUAUAAUCAGGAGGACAGUGGAACAUACCGGUUAGAGUGCCCCAGUGCAGGUCUGUUCCAGUGCCCCAGUGCAGGUCUGUUCCAGUGCCCCAGUGCAGGUCUGUUCCAGUGCCCCAGUGCAGGUCUGUUCCAGUGCCCCAGUGCAGGUCUGUUCCAGUGCCCCAGUGCAGGUCUGUUCCAGUGCCCCAGUGCAGGUCUGUUCCAGUGCCCCAGUGCAGGUCUGUUCCAGUGCAGGUCUGUUCCAGUGCCCCAGUGCAGGUCUGUUCCAGUGCCCCAGUGCAGGUCUGUUCCAGUGCCCCAGUGCAGGUCUGUUCCAGUGCCCCAGUGCAGGUCUGUUCCAGUGCCCCAGUGCAGGUCUGUUCCAGUGCCCCAGUGCAGGUCUGUUCCAGUGCCCCAGUGCAGGUCUGUUCCAGUGCAGUAUAACAGGCCUGGUGUUUAGGAUGGAGGGAGAGGGAGAGGUGCUCUAUAUGACAGUCCACUGGGACAGGAGGCUUCUAUCCCAGAGAGGCAAGAGACCUGCAGGACCCCUGUUCAAGUUUACAUGCCUUAAGGGGUCUGUCAGUCAACUACACCUCCCACACUGUGAGAUCUGCCCUGGUAACUACACCUCAAACAUACUGUGAGAUCUGCCCUGGUAACUACACAGUUAAUAAGACAAGUGAUUGUAGUGUUUUCUAUCUCUUGUUACUUUCUAACCAACAAUGCUGUUUUCUUUUUCUUUCCCAGGUGGUGGAUGUGACUUCCUGUCUGUAGCCCAUGUGACUGAUGACAUCAUUGAGUUUAUCCCUCCUCGUAAGAUAACAGAAACACAUGUCA